UUUCUUUAAAUUAAGAUGGAGUAUUAAAUAUCUAUAUUUUAAUUAUUUACAUCUCGAUUUCUCAAAAUAGAAUUCACUACUCCUGAAGAAUUAUAAAAUGCAACGAGUUUUGGAAGAUAUAUACAUAUGUUUCCAUUUUCCCCACCAUUGAUCGAUUUACUUUAUAAAUCAACAUAUUGUGUGCAAUUUACACUAUUUUAAAACUGAAACUAAAAGUUGAACUGAAGUGUUAAUAACUUAUGAGUAUCAGUUAAUUUAGGUGAAGAAAAAGGGAAACAAAGCCUAUAGAUAUUAUCAAUUAGCUCUACUUACAUAUAAGUUAGAAUUCUUUAUAAUUGCUUUUAGAUUCUUUCUUGAUAGUUGUGGAAGUAAAUGUUGUCAUAAUGGCCACUACACAUUCAGAGAAAAAAACCAAAGGCAGAUGGAUUCCAAUCCUCAAAAGGCCAAAAAAGAAAACUUCUCAAACUGGAUCUCAAUCUGAUGCAGCCCAUUCUCCUGAAACAGAAGCUAGUUUAACUGGAUUUCCUCAUGCAUCAACUCCAGCUGCCAGCACUUCAGUCUCUGUUGUUGCAGAGGGGAUUCUCUGUGCCACAAAAACAGGCCAGUGUAUUUUUGAGCUUACAGAAGAUCCCAAGGAAGAAACCCAACCAGUAGAAAUUACAGAAGAUGAAGCUGAUCAUGGGUAUUCAACAAUAGCUGAGCCAAGUCAGAAGUCUGAUCAAAACUUAUCACCACCUGUUCCUCCUAAAAAUUUAGAGGAAUUAUAUGCAAAACCACAAAAACAGAAGCCAAGUGUUUCAUGGAACAAAGAGAUACCAGGUGAACCAGGUUUGGCUUCUCAUCAAGAGAUUACUACUUCACAGGUGGAUGCUCUUCAGUCUUUGAAAUGCAUCAAAACCCAGGAAAGUGCAUUUAUUCCUUCUUGCUCUGUGCUUCCUGCUAAUCUUCUUCUUCCUCAAGUUUCUUUACCUUCUUGUACUUCCAGAGGUAUUAUUUCUUCUGCAUCUUCAUCAGAAUUGGCUUCUGAUUUGGCUAACCAGUUAGUAAUCUUUCAACAAGAAAAUAAGGAACUCCAAGAUGAAGUAGUAGCCUUGCAAAAUUGUGUCUACAGGUUAAAUUCAGAACUUGGUCACUACCAAUUUGCAAAUAUCCAACCAUCUAAGUUCUCGGCCCUGCCUCUAGAAGAAUCUUGUCCACCAUGGCUGACUGACAUGAAACAGCUGUCUCCAUUGUUAUUGGCAUAUGACACUCAGUUGGAGGAGAGAGAAAAAGUGAUACAAGAAAAUGAGGAAACUCUUGUUGAACUACGGCAAGAAGUAAAAAGAUGUGUAACUGAAAACAGAGAACUUCACAACAAUCUCGAGAUAUUUGAAAGCCGGUGGUCAUGGUUACAAAACUGUGAAAAAGAGUUAGAAGAUGCUAAACAAGCUAUGGAAGAAAAUUUUAUUUUGAAAGAGAAGAUAAUACUCUUGGAGAACCGACAGUCUCAGUCUCAGCAUAAGGCUGAAAUGGAAGAAAUGAAAUAUCAGAUUUCCAGACUGCAGCAGCAAAAGGUUCAGCUAGAGAGCAACUUGAAGCAGUAUCAGACAGACUACAAGAUUUUAAAAGAUCAUCAAGCUAUACUGUUGGAGGAGAACAGAAAAAAUGUACCACACAAGGAUCAUGUGGAGGCUAUGUUGGAGACUCGUAGGCUGCUAAAUGAACUGAAGAGGAAACAUGAGGACCAAGUUGAGAAACUAGAAGAACAGUUACAGGAAAGCCAUCGACAGAGAAGUGUAUUAUCUAUAGAAAACGUUCAACUGGAGGAGAAUUCUCAACAGAUUAAUGCAGACAACAAAGCUUUGAAAGAAGAGUACAAACAAGUUUUGAAACAAUGUCACACAUUAGAGAUGCAGUUAGAAAAGACUCAUCUGGAGAAGAAUGAUAACAGAAAGUUAAUGAACAAAUUGUUAUUUUUGGCAGAAAGAAUAGCUCAAGAACGAGAUAUUUUAGCAAGAAAAUCAGAAGAAAUGGCAGCCAAUCAAGAACAGUUGAUGAACUGGGUCAAGUCUCGUAAUAUGAUGGAUGACAAAUUACAAGAUCAACUUAAGGUAUUCAAGGUCAAAGCAUUAAAUCAAAUCGAGAAAACUAUAAAAAGAAUGCACAAGACAGAUGAAACAUGGAAAGGUUUAUGUCAAGGAUAUGAGCAAGAACUUGCACAACUACAUAAGGUCAUUAAUAAUCAGGAAAAAGAGGUAGUUGGGGUCAAAAAUGAAAAAAGGUUCCUUGAAGAGGAUCUGGAGACAUUGUGGCAAACCGUUAUGCGAGAGAAUCACUCUUUAAAAACCUAUAUGUAUAGUUCACUUAGUCCAUCUGCAACUCAUAAGUUUCUAAUGAAAUUUGACAAAAGCUGAUAUUGUUAUUUAUUAUUAUGUUUUCAGUUAAUCCUGCCUGACCUGUGAUUGAUUGUUUAGUAAUUUAGAUCCAAGAAUUUGAAAUAUACAUAUCAUUCAGUGUUACAGACCCUAUCCUAUAACUUAAAGGAUUUUAAAGUAGAGCUAUGAUAUCAAAGUUUAAUGUGUGAAGAAACAAUUUUUUUAUUAAUUUUUUUUAACAUGUGAAUCUUGAUUGUUGAUUGGGGAAAUUAAAAACAACUAGUAUUUACUACAUGGGAAAAACUUUGCAAGUUUUAGUAUUUGUACAGCUGUUUAAAAUCAUAUGGAUACACCUUAUAACUGAAAGUAUACACUGUCUGCACAUCAGCUUCACAAGAAUUUAAUGUAAUAAUGACAGAGUUUUACUAUGCAACAUUAUAAGGUUGUAGCCAUGGUUGUUAACUCUCUUGAAAUGGUCUCGGCCAAUUUGACUGACCAUGUGCCCUUUUUGUACUAAUUUAAAGUCUGUAUAGUCUUUAAUACGUCUACUUUAAUAUAGUAUGUAUAUAUUCGCAAAAUUUGACAGUUUUUCAGUUAACAUUAUAAGUCUUUC